AUAGUUAGUUGCAGAACCACGCUAAGGAAGGUAAAUCCAAGAAGGUGCAGCACACUAGUACACCUUGAGGUAUGAGACGAAGCUUCUUCUACUUCCAUUGGUCCAGAUUCCACACUGCUGAUUCCACUCUCCGCUUUGCAAAACAGAAGUCGAAUUUGUGAAGAACAGUAGAAGGAAGAAAUGGUGAUGAAAAUGGCGAUGUUCAAUAAUGGUUUUGCUGACAAGAGUAAGGAAAGGCUGCCUCUGAUAGGCAGCUUGGAAGGAGUUGAUGGUGAGGAAGGAAGUGGACGCAUUUCUUUCAGUUGGCUGCUGAAAAAACUCAAGAACUUCUGGAAUAGUGUUCAAGAUGUUUCAUGGAAAGCAUGGGAAAUGGGUCGCUCUGAUCCUCGGAAAAUCAUAUUUGCCAUGAAAAUGGGACUGGCAUUGUCUCUUGUAUCCCUGCUCAUUUUCUGGAAGGAACCAGCUGAUGUUGGGCAGUACUCAAUCUGGGCAAUUCUCACAGUCAUUGUGAUGUUUGAAUUCAGCAUAGGAGCAACCUUUAUUAAAGGGUUUAAUCGCGGGCUGGGGACACUAUGCGCUGGAAUACUUGCCUUUGGCUUUGCUGAGUUAUCCGUGCUUGCAGGGCCAUGUGAAGAAGUGGUGAUCGUUAUAAGCAUUUUCAUUACAGGAUUUUUCACAAGCUAUUUGAAACUAUACCCAACAAUGGCGCCUUAUGAGUAUGGAUUUCGAGUGUUCAUUAUGACAUACUGCAUCCUAAUGAUGGCCGGGAACAGAACUAGGGAAUAUAAUCAGGCAGUUGUAAUCCGAUUAGUGCUAAUUGCAGUUGGUGGUGGUGUUUGUUUCAUCGUAAACAUAUGCUUUUACCCCAUAUGGGCAGGGGAGGAUCUACACAGCUUGGUUGUGAAGAAUUUCAAGGGAGUUGCUACUUCGCUGGAAGGAUGUGUUAAUGGGUACCUUAAAUGUGUCCAAUAUGAGAGAGUUCCCCAAAAAAUACAUACCCACCAAGCUUCUGAUGACCCACUAUCCAAUGGCUACCGAUCAGUUGUGGAAUCUACCAGCCGGGAGGCUACUCUGUUGGGGUUUGCCAUCUGGGAACCGCCUCAUGGCCGGUAUAGAAUGUUUAACUAUCCUUGGAAAAACUAUGUCAAAUUAAGCGGUGCAUUGAGGCAUUGUGCAUUCAUGGUUAUGGCGCUGCACGGAUGCAUUCUUUCUGAAAUUCAGGCCCCUGCAGAGAGGAGACUGGUCUUUCAAAGUGAGCUUCAGAGAGUUGGUACAGAAGGUGCUAAAGUUCUACGCGAGCUCGCAAACAAAGUAGAGAAGAUGGAAAAACUGAGCCCUGGAGACAUUCUUGAAGAGGUGCAUGAGGCAGCAGAGCAGAUGCAAAAGAAGAUAGACCAGAGGUCAUAUCUGCUAGUAAAUUCAGAGAGCUGGUUGAUUGGACGGACUAGAGAGGUGGAAGAUCCUGUGAACCUUGAGGAUGUGAAGGAUAAUGAAAAUGUGAAGUUGGGGUCUAAGUCCCUUAGUGAAACUGUGCUUGAGAUAAGGUCAUUCCCAGCUUGGGCGCCCUCCGGUGACGUGUUGAGGAAACAAUCCCCUUGGCCCUCACGUCUUUCAUUCAUUGCUGAUGCAGUCAUUAGGGAAGAUGAAAUUAGAACUUAUGAAAGUGCAAGUGCCUUGUCGUUGGCCACAUUUGUUUCACUUCUCAUUGAAUUUGUUGCCAGGCUCCAAAAUGUUGUUGACUCCUUCCAAGAACUAAGUGAGAAAGCAGAAUUUAGAAAACCCAGGUGAAUUGACUGACAUCUGGGAUUCACCCGGUUCAAAAUAUAUGGCAAGAAAUCAUGAAGAAGUCAUUCAGAAGGAUCAUUUGAUCAAGGCUUGGAAACUGUGAUCUUGUAAAAGGGAAUUGAGAUGCUGCAAUCCACUUGGCCUCUUCUCUGUUUUCAACUGAAAACAAACUCUCUUGAAGGGCUAUGUACCACUUUUUUUUGAAGUGUAUAAGAUUAGGGAACAUAUAUGUAUUGAAA